CGUGAUUUUAGUUCGGACAGACUUUACUGCGAAUAUCCGCGUGCGUUCAAACAUCGUGCCCGCGCGGUUAAACCGUGCAAUGGUUCAGCUGGAACAAAAAAAAAGCUAGGAGAAAAACGGGACGGUGCAGCGGAGGGGCAGUUUGACCUCCCACCGGAGGAGUGGCGUUGAAGGAAGGAUGGUCCGGGAGAUAGAGGCUGCACGCUGAGCGCAGCUGCGGUCACAAUGCCACAUUCAAACUUACUCUAAGAAGUGGAAGUAGUACCUCUUAUCUGCAUGCCAGCGAAGGAAGGACGAUAAGAACCAAAGACACAAAGCCAAAGAUCAAUACCACAGAGGUAAGUCCGCAACUCCAGUUUCACUUUGGACAGUUGAACGUGUUCCUGCCUCGUGUACAUGCGUAAAAAGACGCCUUGGUCAAACAUCAGCAGCCGCUCGCUCCUCUGAUCCGCUCUACUCAGCACAUUCAGUAAGGAGAUGUAUCGCACGCGACCUGCAGAGAUGAGUGGCAACAAGAAGAUGGAGGAUGAGGCGGUGCUGGACCGUGGGGCAUCCUUACUCAAGCACCUUUGUGAUGAAGAGGAAGUAGAAGGUCACCACACCAUUUACAUCGGCGUGCAUGUGCCCAAGAGCUAUCGACGUCGGAGGCGUCACCGCCGGAAAACCGGCCACAAGGACAGAAAGGAGAAGUUGACGGAGAAUGUCUUUGACAAGUCGGACACAGAAAACAACGAGGAGGCCAGCAACAGCAUCCUCAAACCUCUCAUCUCACCAGCAGCAGAGAGGAUUCGCUUCAUCCUAGGGGAGGACGACGAUGGCCCGGCACCCCCACAGCUCUUCACUGAGUUGGAUGAGCUGCUGUCAGUGGAUGGACAGGAGAUGGAGUGGAAGGAGACGGCCAGGUGGAUCAAGUUUGAGGAAAAGGUGGAGAAAGGUGGAGAACGCUGGAGUAAACCUCAUGUGGCGACGCUGUCCUUACACAGCCUAUUUGAACUGAGGACAUGUAUAGAAAAAGGCACCAUCAUGCUGGACCUGGAAGCUUCCACGCUACCUCAGGUUGUUGAGAUGAUCACUGACAACCAGAUAGAGAUCGGCCAGCUGAAGGCCGAACUGAAGGACAAGGUGAUGUACACGUUGCUGCGGAAACAUCGCCACCAGACCAAGAAGUCCAACCUGCGCUCUCUGGCUGACAUCGGCAAGACGGUGUCCAGUGCAAGUAGGCUGUUUUCCACCCCGGAAAAUGAUAGUCCCACCACGACUCCCAGGAACCUGACAUCCACCAGCCUGAACGAUGUCUCUGACAAACCAGAAAAAGACCAGCUGAAGAACAAAUUCAUGAAGAAGUUGCCAAGAGACGCAGAAGCCUCCAAUGUGCUGGUGGGGGAGGUGGACUUCCUGGACGCGCCCUUUGUGGCGUUUGUUCGUCUGCAGCAGGCCGUGAUGCUGGGAGCCCUGACGGAGGUUCCUGUUCCCACAAGAUUUUUAUUCAUCUUGCUUGGACCCAAAGGCAAAGCCAAGUCGUACCACGAGAUCGGCAGAGCGAUCGCUACACUGAUGUCGGAUGAGGUCUUUCAUGACAUUGCAUAUAAGGCCAAGGACAGACAAGAUUUGCUGGCCGGUAUUGACGAGUUUCUGGAUGAGGUGAUUGUGCUUCCUCCUGGAGAAUGGGACCCGGCCAUCAGGAUAGAGCCUCCAAAAUCCCUCCCCUCCUCUGACAAAAGGAAAAACAUGUAUGCAGGAGGCGACUCUCAGAUGAACGGAGACAUGCCUCACGAUGGAGGUCAUGGAGGAGGACACGCUGUAGGCGAAGAGCUCAGGAAGACUGGAAAGUUCUGUGGGGGUCUUAAACUUGACAUUAAGAGAAAAGCGCCUUUCUUUGUCAGUGACUUCACCGACGCGUUUCACAUUCAGGCCCUGUCGGCCAUUAUGUUUAUUUACCUGGGAACUGUGACGAAUGCCAUCACCUUUGGUGGUCUACUAGGAGACGCUACGGAGAACAUGCAGGGUGUGCUGGAGAGUUUUCUGGGCACAGCCAUUGCUGGUGGCGUUUUCUGUCUGCUGGGUGGUCAGCCUCUCAUCAUCCUCAGCAGUACCGGCCCCGUUUUGGUGUUUGAACGGCUGCUUUUCAACUUCAGCAGAGAUAAUGAGUUUGACUACUUGGAGUUCCGCCUGUGGAUCGGCCUGUGGUCGGCUUUCUUCUGCCUGCUGCUCGUGGCGACUGAUGCCAGCUACUUGGUCCAGUACUUCACCCGCUUCACUGAGGAGGGCUUCUCCUGUCUCAUCAGCUUCAUCUUUAUCUAUGAUGCCUUCAAGAAGAUGAUAAAAUUAGCUCAUCAUUAUCCAAUCAACUCUGACUUCAGAAUGGAAUAUGUCACACAGUACGACUGCCUCUGCAUGGCUCCUGCUGUCUUGGAAAACAGCACAGACAUCAUUGGCGAUCCUUUAGAAGGUACUUCAGUCUGGUUCUGGAACAACACAGAUCUGCCAUCGAAUGCCACGUGGUCGUCCCUCUCUAGGACCGAGUGUUUGAAGUAUAAUGGAGAGCUGGUGGGGAAAGCCUGCGACUUUGUCCCAGACAUCACCCUCAUGUCCUUCAUAUUGUUCUUUGGCACUUACACCUGCUCCAUGUUUCUAAAAAAGUUCAAGACAAGCCCGUUUUUCCCCACCACUGUGCGAAAACUCAUCAGUGACUUUGCCAUCAUCUUGGCCAUUCUUAUCUUCUGUGGAGUUGAUAUGCUCAUAGGGGUUGAUACGCCUAAACUUCUUGUGCCAAGUGAAUUCAAACCAACAAGUCCAAACCGGGGCUGGUUUGUGUCCCUAUUUGGAGGAAACCCCUGGUGGGUUUAUCUGGCGUCUGCUCUUCCUGCCCUUCUGGUCACCAUCCUGAUCUUUAUGGACCAACAGAUUACUGCUGUGAUUGUCAACAGGAAGGAGCACAAGCUAAAGAAAGGGGCAGGUUACCAUCUGGAUCUGUUUUGGGUGGCUGUUCUGCUAAUAAUUUGCUCCUUCAUGGGUCUGCCGUGGUACGUGGCCGCCACCGUCAUCUCCAUCGCUCACAUCGACAGUUUGAAGAUGGAGACUGAAACAUCGGCUCCCGGAGAGCAGCCAAAGUUCCUGGGUGUGAGAGAGCAGAGGGUCACCGGUGUGUGCGUGUUCAUCCUCACAGGACUGUCUGUGUUUAUGGCUCCAGUUUUAAAGUUCAUCCCCAUGCCUGUGCUGUAUGGAGUCUUCUUGUACAUGGGGGUCGCUUCUCUCAAUGGAGUGCAGUUCAUGGAUCGUCUUAAGCUGCUUCUAAUGCCGGCGAAACACCAGCCGGACCUGGUUUACCUGCGACACGUUCCCCUGCGGAAGGUCCACCUCUUCACUUUUAUGCAAAUCCUUUGCUUGGCUCUGCUCUGGAUCCUCAAGUCCACCGUGGCUGCCAUCAUCUUCCCUGUCAUGAUCCUCGCUCUGGUCGCUGUCAGAAAGGGGAUGGAUUACCUGUUCUCUCAGCAUGACCUCAGUUUCCUGGAUGAUGUUAUCCCAGAGAAGGACAAGAAGAAGAAAGAGGAUGAGAAGAAGAAAAAGAAGAAACGUGGCAGCAUAGACAGUGACGCCGACGGCGAGACAAGUCCUCAUCAUUCCUUGAACGACACACAUCGUGCUGAGCAGCUUCGUUUCUACCAGGCCAACUACUUGUCCAGUCCUGAGAUGAGUCCGCUGAAGUCUGUGCCUCAGAUUAGAAUAGACAUGGACCCAGACGAUGAUAACACCUUCUACUGGAAGAGCAGAGGAUCUGAAACAUCUCUGUAGAUCUCCGAACGGCCGUCUGUCAACCUGCAGCACAACUUUUCUUUUCUUUUUACUGACCUUCAAUGAUUCUUUUAACUCAGAUCUCCUUCAUGACUUCAAGACUUUGUUCUGAAGAGCAGCACACUUUAGAAAAAGCAUUACGGUGCACACUGUAUGGUCUUUCCUCACCACGUUUCUCUCACAGCUCCACAGUUAAUCUUUGCUUACAAAGGUAACCCCUGAAUACUCUUCUAUGCAACUCCUCCUACACAUCCCCGACCGAGGCUGCAGCUCACUCUGACCACGCACGGACUGCCCUCCCUGCUCUUUUUAUAUAAACAUAUACAAAUAUCAUCUGUCUAAGUUUUUAUAUAAACCGAAUUAUUCUAAUAAUAUUUUCCUGUAGCAGGAAAAUCAUGUUUUUAUAGCUCUACCUCUUGUUUUAGAUUCAAUGCUUAUCAUGAAUGAUUGCAAUGUGUUGAUUUUUGAUGGGGUUUUGAUAUUUUCUCUCUGUCCUCUUGUAGAAAUGAUUCACAUGAAGAGAUUCACUCUAUGAUCAUAGCUUGUGAAGGAAAUACAAUAGAUAUUUAAGUAAAUUAAUAGCAGAUUAACAAUGCACAUUUGUAUGUGCAGAUGAGGAAAAUAUUUUUAUUCUCACUUUGUGAUGCAGUUUUACUUGCUUCACUUUCUAAUUUUCUGAAUCUUUUUCUCUUUUGCUUUUGUUACUCAUUUAAUUUAAAUCAUUUUCUUCUGUUGUUUUGCUUUUUUUUAAAAAAAAGAUUUUGUUGUGUGUGUGUUCGUAACAUUUCUUUUUUUUUUUCUGUUCGAGUAGAAAACAAUCCAGCGACAUAAUCAUCUGAUUUUCCUCCGCCAAACUUAAACUAACUAGAAAUGCAUAUCAUAAUAAUUGCUUGUGCUGCACAAAGUACUUUACCUAAGUGGCUUAUAAGAGAUUGAUUCAGUCUGAAAUUCUUAAAGCAACAAUGUGAAAAAGAGGAGACAGGAAUCAAAUCCAUGCAAGCUCAGUGCAGUGGGACGGCUUCGGUUCACGGCAGGUUUAUUCGUUUUUCUCAGCUGUUUUUGGAAUUAUCUGAUGAUGUGAAGACACGUGAUCUAAUGAGUUUUUAAUAAGGAUGUGUUUGGGCUUUAAUACAACGGUCACAUGCCAUGCUGUGCUUAAAUUCAGAGCCUUAUUGGUCGCUGUUAUGCAAUCCUAUCUCCUUCAAAUCCACACAAAGACCCGUGUGCACGUCAGCUGUCAAACACAUCUUCGAAUCUUUGAUUGCUGGUCAGUGUUUGACUCAGUUUUCUUUAUUCUAACUCAAAUUUCUAAUUACCAGGGAAAGCAUUUUAAUUUUGGCCCCCAUAAUAAACAUUAUAGUGGCUAUAACAGGACAGAGGGAAAGAACUUGUUGAACUUGCAGUGUGUGCACAGGGCAUGUGUGUGUCCUGUUUAACCCACACACAUCCUUUAAACAGUUGUUAAAACGUCAUGUCAGUCUGCUGCAGUGAGGCAGAAGAUACACAAACUCCAUAUUUGCUCCAAUGUUUUUACUUCAAACUGUUUCCCACAGAAUGACCACGUGCAUCUCUCUGACCGCUCGUCUGUUUUUGGCCAGUUAUAAAGGAUAAUUCAGGUUUAUGUGAACUUAUAUUACAUAUAUGUGGCUGCUGUGUGGGUCGUGCUAACUUUGAACUCUUCACUUCUGUUGUAGUAAUCAGGCAGGAAUCAGAAGUUGUAUUUAGAGAAAUGCAAGCUCCAAAGUUUGUUUGAAAAAACAAAAAGUUGUAGCUGACCUGUUAUGGAUCAGCUGUAGGUUUCUUGGUAUAUACAAAGAAAAAUGUUCUUUUCUUCAGUGCAAAAACAUUUUAUAUUUUCCCCCCCAAACUGCAGUAAGUUCCAGAAUCUCACUGAAACAACUGAAAGCAGGGUGCUCUGCUCCUGUACACCCACUUUCACCUGACAUGCAUUUUACUUUAGCAGCUUUGUUAUAUAAGAGAGCAAUUUCCCAUAAUUUCCCAACAAAAUUAAUAAUAAUAAAAUAAAAUUAAUAAUAUCUUAUGUUAAUAACUCCAUCAGAUAGCAGGACAUACAGGUGGAUGUAGACCCUGUGCAUCUUUAACAUACUUAUUCCUGGGGAAUACAGACUACCUUUGCAUGGUAAGAUAAAUAAUCCAUAUUUAUCUUACAGUAGUCAUUACUGUAGCCCCUCAGUUCAUUCACUGACUGGAUGACUCUCAUUAGCAAAGGAAAAAAAGAAAGACUGAACAACAACAGUCAAAAGGGCCACUUUAAAUGUUGAGCGACAGACACUCUUGGCACUUUGAUCCAAACAGUAGACACAAAAAGCUUUUACAUGCUGUUUUCUGCUUUUGUUUUGUUUCUGUGGUAAAGAUGGAGAGCUCAAAGUUUGCAUGACCCACAUUAAAAGGUUAAAAAUAACCCACGGUUAUCUUUUAACUCCAGUACAGCCAUCUACACCAUCUCCCCACUCAAUCUCUAAUAGGUGCACUGAAGCACUUUCUUGCUUUUAAUUUUAAUUUGAAACCACCGGGCCUCUCUGUACGGAUCGCCGCGGUAGAGAUUUCAAAGACGUGAAUAAAUAAGCCCUCCUCUUCCUCUGUAAUUCACGCAGGUAACGACAUAAUUCAUAUUCCACAUCAGUAUUUACAGCUGUCAGCAGCAGCAAGUGGAAACAAAUGUGAUUCAGCGCCCGGGACAUUUUCUGUGGGGAGUGAUUAGUUUAAAGUGUGAUUCUGUGUAAGCGUGUCGGACAAAACCCUACAACAUGACGUGAAAACCUUCUGUUAAUCCUAGUGUUUGGAAUACUGAUGCAAUUUUUUUUAUUAUUAUUAACAUUUUGUGACUUUUUAGAAUAGGGGAAAUUGUUUAUUUUAGAAUCUAUAUUUUUCAAAUGAAAUGUAUAUUGGAAAUAAAGAGAAUUAUCAAACAGCAA